AUGGAAGAGGACGUUAUGGACAAACUGGAUGACAUGGCUUCGGUGUAUGAGUUCGAUCCCAUCACGGGAAAUAUCCCGGCCACCAAGGUGGAGAUCAGCGUGUCCUGCAGGAACCUUUUAGAUAAAGACACAUUCUCCAAAUCGGACCCAUUGUGUGUCCUGUACACCCAAGGAGUAGAAACUAAGCAGUGGAGAGAGUUUGGAAGAACGGAGGUGAUUGAUAAUACACUGAACCCAGACUUUGUAAGAAAAUACAUCUUGGACUACUUCUUUGAGGAAAAGCAGAAUCUCCGCUUUGAUUUAUACGAUGUGGACUCCAAAAGUCCUGAUCUGUCAAAACAUAACCCCCUCGUCCUUCAGGACUUCUUGGGCCAGAUGUUCUGCACCCUUGGUGAGAUUGUUGGGUCACCAGCGAGUCGUCUGGAGAAGCCUCUUGGGGGGAUUCCAGGGAAGAAGUGUGGCACCAUCAUUCUAACUGCUGAGGAGCUGAGCAACUGCAGGGAUAGUGCCACGAUGCAGUUCUGUGCAAACAAACUGGACAAGAAAGACUUCUUUGGGAAGUCUGAUCCAUUCAUGGUCUUCUUCAGAAGUAACGAGGAUGGAACGUUCACCAUCUGCCACAAGACAGAGGUAGUGAAGAACACAUUGAACCCUGUGUGGCAGCCCUUCACAAUCCCGGUCCGGGCGCUCUGCAAUGGAGACUACGACAGGACAAUCAAGGUGGAGGUGUAUGAUUGGGACAGGGAUGGAAGUCAUGACUUCAUUGGGGAAUUCACAACUAGCUAUCGUGAGCUGGCACGGGGCCAGAGUCAGUUUAAUGUGUAUGAGGUGAUAAAUCCAAAAAAGAAAAUGAAGAAGAAGAAAUAUGUGAAUUCUGGAACUGUGACGCUGUUGUCCUUCUCAGUGGAAUCAGAAUCGACCUUCCUUGAUUACAUCAAAGGAGGGACCCAGAUCAAUUUCACUGUAGCUAUUGACUUCACCGCAUCUAAUGGCAAUCCUUCUCAGUCUACAUCUCUACAUUACAUGAACCCCUACCAGAUGAAUGCCUAUGCCAUGGCGCUCAAGGCUGUAGGUGAGAUUAUCCAGGACUAUGACAGUGACAAGAUGUUUCCCGCCUUGGGUUUUGGUGCCAAACUGCCCCCAGAUGGACGGGUGUCUCAUGAGUUUCCCCUGAAUGGCAAUAUAGAGAACCCAUACUGCAAUGGAAUCGAAGGAAUAUUAGAAGCAUACCACCAAAGCCUGAAGACAGUACAGCUGUAUGGUCCAACCAACUUUGCCCCUGUCAUCAAUCAUGUGGCCAGGUAUGCAGUGGCUGUGCAAGACGGCUCACAGUACUUUGUCCUCCUCAUCAUCACAGAUGGUGUCAUAUCAGACAUGGCUCAAACAAAGGAAGCCAUUGUGAAUGCUGCUAAACUUCCCAUGUCUAUCAUUAUUGUCGGAGUGGGACAGGCUGAGUUUGAUGCCAUGGUAGAACUGGAUGGCGACGACAUCAGAAUUUCUUCACGAGGGAAACUGGCUGAACGAGACAUUGUCCAGUUUGUGCCCUUUCGGGACUACAUGGAUCGGACGGGGAACCACGUGCUGAGCAUGGCUCGGCUGGCCAAGGAUGUACUUGCUGAGAUCCCAGACCAGUUCAUCUCCUACAUGAAAUCCCGUGGCAUCAAACCCAAUCCAUCACCACCACCCUACACACCUCCUGGACUCCCCUUGCACACGCAGAUCUAAGAGCCCUUCAGAAACCCGAGAUGC